GACGAGGGCGUGGAGGGAGGAGGGGAGUGAGGGUCAUGGGUGAAGUAUAAAUAGAGAGUGAGGAGCUGCACCAAGCACAGUCUGGCUCUCACCUCACACACAGUCAACAUGAGGACUCUGGUUAUUUUGGCAGUGAUGGGCGUGUGCUCCGCCUCCACCUAUCAGGCCUACAACCAUGGCCACCACUACGGCGUCCCCGUCCAGCCCAGGUGGACGGGUCCUGUGGCUGCCACCGUUCCCGCCGGCGUCGACGGUAGAGUCAUCCCUGUCUCCGACACCUACGAAGUCGCCGCCGCUAAGAAUGCUUUCUUCAGGGCCUACCAGAACCAGGUGGACACUAUUCGUUCCCGUCGUUAUGGUACCCCAGGCUACGCCUCCGUUCCUCCCGUCGCCUACGCUCCCGUUGUCAACACCUUUACCCCCGUCGUCCCAUCUCAUUCCUACGGUGUCCCCUCCCACUCCUAUGGUGUACCCCAUACCACCUACAACGUCGCCCCCGGCCCGGUCCAGGACACUCCAGAGGUGGCCGCCGCUAAGGCUCAGUUCUUCAGGAACUUCGAGAGGCAGGCAGCAGCUGCAGCCGCGGCGCCUGACCACUACACCCACUACUGAGCUGGACUGUCAACUGUUACACCUAUUACACUGUCGACCACUACACCUACCACUCAGAAGCAGUGCUUCACCUACCACAUAAUUUGUCAUUAAUCAUUGAACGAAAAACAAGAUUUCAAAGUUGUAUGCAUAAUUUUUCAAAUAUAUGUACAAACAAAA